AUGUCUGCGGUCACCAUGUUGCAUGAUGUUGAAUUGAUGGAUGUUUCUUGGAUUUUCGCUGGCAACCGCACAAAUCAAUCUUUCUGUCAAUCUGAACAUCUGAGGAUUAAAUGCUCCCACAACCAAGUCAUAUUCAUCGAGAUGGCGAAGUAUGGUCGCAUGCAGUUGAGCAGAUGUGCCAGAGGUGAGUUCGGUUACCUGGAGUGUUGGGCUGACGUCACGACCAUCCUUGAUGAACAUUGUUCUGGUCGGCGGUCUUGCGUCGUGAAGGUCUUGGAUGAGAAUUUCCAAAAUCUUCGUCCCUGCCACGACGAUCUAAAGUCCUACCUAGAGGUCGCCCAUACUUGUCUUCCAGGUUUGAACCCCGUUCAACUUUCCAUUUUAUUUUUCAUGUACUAUGAAAAUCAAAUCAAUAUGUUUGAAAAAAUACAAUUUUGCUAG